GUGGCCCUUCGACGGCGCAGGCACCGUCGUAGCAAUCAGCUGGUCGCAAACAUCACUUUUUUGUCACCCCCAAAGGCAACGCUUUUCGGAUUGAUUUGGAAUCCGAUCGGGGCCAUGGACCGCGACGAGCACCACCUGCUGGAGGAGGGGCCCCUGGAGCGCUUCAAGGGCGCCACCCUGCAGAUCAAACAGGACCAGACCUCUAGAAGCCCCAGCACUUGCGGAGGGUUGAGUCCUGAAAACAAAGCGUCCAAAUCAAAAGGAACCUUGUGUCCAAUGCCAGUGGGCGAGUUGGAGGCCAGGGAAUAUUUUUCUUCACGAGACAGCCUCGUCAACAGCGCUAUCGACGAAUGCGUUCGAUUAUUCAUCAACCCUGAACUAGACGGCGAUCUACUAGGUGCUUGGCUACUGACAGAAAUAAGUUUGUGGGAUACUGAAAAGGAGCGCUUGGUCUUUUUGACGUGUCACUCGCUGAUGAUCGUCAAGUACGACUUCAUCACGACGCGGCCACUCGAACACCAAAAAGUGUCGCUGUCGUGCGUGGACACGGUGGUGGUCGGCGAGCUCAUCUACCCACCUGGCUCUAUGGUUCCACGCUUGAACGGGUUGGCGAACGGCGUCAUGAGCGUCGUCAAAGGGUGUUUGUUGCGGCCCCUGCAAGAGCGGUGGGCGUCCUCGGAGGACGCUGAGGAAAACCUCAACCACCAACACUCGUCGCCUUUUGAGUUUGUCAAUUUUGAAGCCAGGCCUCGAAAUGUUCGAGGGGUGAGAGCCAUGUGGAACAAGGGCGAACCUCUACCCUUCACAAAGCGCUGGAACCCAUUCACAAACGAGGUGCCCCUCUGCACCUACACCUCCCACCCCCUCCUGUGGCACAAAGGAAAUAACGAAGGCAAUACUAGAUUUGAUGUGGAGAGUUUUGCCGAGCGGCUGACCUUUGCCCUUGAUCAGACCUCGGUCAACAAUGGCAACCCACCUUGCAAGAUUGAUUACCAACCGAUUGUGCUGCAAAACUACGUUGGAAUUGGCUCUCUUAUUCACAAUAGAAAUGCACUUGGCUUCUUCAAAAGUAGAGGAAAAUUCAGUUUUUGAACUUUGACGUGAUUUUCUCCUUUGAGGCCUCUUUGUGUGAUAAUUUUACUAUAUAUGGUAUUAAAAAAAUAUAUAUAAACCUCAGCAGGUUCUAAAAAUUUUGAAAUUCUAAUAUAUUGCAUUAUUUGCAAAGCUUGUUAAAUACAAAUUUACAAAUUCAAACACGGCUUACCACUUUGCACUCUCUAUACAACAUAAGGAAAAUUAAAAAUUUAUUUUAUAAAGCAUUUGCGAGCAAAUGAUUAAAUUAUUAACAAUAAUUUUACAUUUGCAUGAAUUUUCGCUUCCAAGGAUAUUGUGUAUAAAUUUUCAUUUGCAUUUGAAGUGUACAAUUGCAAAUAUAUUAUUAAAAUAAUUGACUUAAAAUGUUAAUAUUCUUACAAACGUUACAGUGUGCAGAUUUGCAGAAAUAUGAAACGUGGUAUUCA